AUUAUGGCACAUAAACUUGCUUUUCUUUUCAUCACCCUCCUUGUGGUUAUUGCCGCUCAUGAUUCAUUCUACUCCUCCAAAACUCAUGUGAUGGCACAAGAAGAUCAAGAUCCAACUUGUGGGAAACCUUGUAGUACUCAUGAUGAUUGCUCUAAUGGAUCAUUCUGUCAGGCCUGUUGGAAUUCUAGAGGGACUUGUGGACCAUUUGUUGGCUAACAUAUGAGCAUGAGCUUGUAAUUUUAAUAUUUAUAAGAUAAAUAAAUAAAUAAAUAAAUAAGUGAUUAAAAAUGUACUUGUUCAAAGUAAAAAUAUGUGUAAUGUCUUCAUCAAUUAAAUAAAAGAAACAUACAUUGUGUGUGGUGAU